GAGCUGGGGCGGACCACUCUUAUCCCAUGAAGUUCGCUUCUGUGCCUAUAUCGUGGAACUGUCGAUGUAGGUAUACGACAUCGCUUGAAACAUGUCUGGAAUAGACAGUGGAGCCACCUACGCGUCCCGAGUCUUCCGCCCACCAGUGCAAGUCCCCUCGAGUCUAUGUGGUUCUCACUGGCACUGCUUGACUGGUCGACCUGACACUGCAAUGAGCCGAAUAGCCUAUCGUGCUGAUCUUAGGGGGACGGCGCCUGCCCGUGAUGUUUGGAUGACGGUCAAGUGGCCUAGGAUUGUUCUUGAUGCUCUGACCCAAAGCACAUCUGCCGAUGCGAGAUGGUCAGUUCCUACAUAGGCUGCCAAUCCGCAGUAUCGCGUGUCCCCAUCUCACAGAACCCUUCCUCGAACUUCACCUGUCACUGGCAUGUCGACGACGGCGGUCGAAGAAAUACUUAUCCUGAAUACUGGUGUUCAGACAUGGAGCUGCUUUGCUGCCGUCUGUGCGCUUUACAUGUAUGACCGAGUGAUCACUUUCGGCGACGAUGUUGAGCUCGUAUGGCGGCGCAAAUGGACUGGCGUGACCGCCUUAUAUGGGCUUCUGCAUGCUUGUGUCGUCGCUUUCCUGAUGGUAGUGCUUGCUGGCUACUUCGUUGUCUCCUGUAAAAGCAACUACAUGCUUUACAUAUCACUAUAUGCCCUGGACUCAGCUGUCCUGUUAUUGAUUGGUGUGACCUCUAUUUUUCGGGUCUACGCGAUAAAUCUCCGCCGCGAUUGGCGAUUACCGAUGGCGGUAUUCGCCCUUGUAUUAGCACCCGUAGUUCAGAACAGUUUCUUUUCAGCCCAUGUCGUCGUGGCUCCGGCACCCUCACCAGUCAAUUGCAUUGUCUACUUUGAUAUAUCCACCGUUGGACAGAAUAUAGCAACAAUCGUGGUGCGGCUAUCCCUGAUCAUAUCCGAUGUCCUUGUCCUUGUUGUUACUUGGCGAGAGACCUAUUGGCUACGGAGGUGGGACACAAAGCCGAAGGAUCAUUACCACUCUUUGACCGGUUUAAUAUUCAUCAACGGCACUGUCUACUUCGUAUCCCUCUUUGGCCUCAACCUUUUGGCGAUGAUACUCUGGCUCAAGGGUGUCUUCCUCUUCGCCAACUUCUUCGUGGACGUGUUCAUGGCCAUUUUACUAUCUAGAUUUUUCCUCAGUCUACGGCAUGUCCAUCUUGCCAGUGGUCAAGGCGAACUUACGGACACAGCUUCUCAAGUCUCGGAGCCUCGAUUUGCCUCCCGCAUCAUUGGCAAUCUGGGAGCCGAGCUCGAAUAUGGUGUACAAGACGAUUUCACGGAAGAUUUUGAUACAUUGAAUGGCAUUGCGGACACGUUGCAGACGCAGGUGUCUAACUGCCCUUCGAUCGAGAGAUGAUGCUGUGGCUCACUGGCUACUGAGUAAUACUUGGUUGUUCAAGUUGGCAGAACCGCUUGUCGUUUCGAGCGAUGUGACGGCAGCUCUGUAUCAAUAGGCUUUUCGAUGUUUUUCGAUGUGAAUAACUUAUGAGCGUGACUACAUCCACUGG